UCCAAAAACAGUUUCACUUCGCUGCUAGAUCGUUAUUGUAUUUUUAUUAUUAGUGUGUGAAUAUAUAUAUCGCUAGUGUAGUGGUGGCUUUUCUCUCUCGUCUCGUCUAAGCUAGGCUUCCAUGUCUCUCUUGAACCAGAUCUUUAACAGAGGUGUUUUUGGCGCAAAAUGCAAAACAUGUUUGAAUUUGGCGAUAUCGCGCAUCAAAUUGCUGCAAAACAAGAGAGAUUUGCAGACACGGAACAUGCGGAAGGAGAUUGCUCAAUUUUUGCAGACUGGCCAAGAAGCUAUUGCUCGAAUUCGGGUGGAGCAUGUCAUACGAGAACAGAAUACAUGGGCUGCUUAUGAGAUAUUAGAGCUCUUCUGUGAAUUUCUUCUUGCUCGUGUUCCCAUUAUUGAAACCCAGAGAGAGUGUCCAAUAGACCUGCGAGAAGCUAUAUCAAGCAUAAUUUUUGCUGCUCCGGGAUGUUCGGAUGUCCCGGAUUUGUUGCAUAUCAAGAAUCUGUUGACUACAAAGUACGGGAAGGAAUUUGUCUCAGCUGUGUCUGAGCUUCGUCCUGAUUCUGGUGUUAACCGCACUAUAAUCGAAAAGCUUUCAGUUAGUACUCCGUCUGGGGAGCUAAAGCUUAAGGUAUUGAAAGAAAUUGCACAGGAGUACAAUCUGAAAUGGGAUUCUUCUAAUGCUGAAGCAGAACUCAGUAAGAGACAUGACGAUUUGCUGGGUGGAUCAAAGCAAAUAGGUGGCAGAGCUGGAUACUCCCAAACUCCCUGGAAGCAGAUUUCUUGUGAGUCAUCAAAUUCUGAUGGGGCGCAUCCAUUUACUCCAAACAAUGUUAAACAAGAACCUCAACAACCUCAAGUUCCAAAACCUUUAAAUAAAGCGUCUUUGCCCGGUGCUACUGAAAUUCAGCCAUCGGUUAAAGAUGAUAAUUAUGCAGUGCCAAUUGUUGAUGCCAAAAGGGAAACGGUACCACGGACAUCAGAUAUCCUUGAGAAAGCUAGAGCUGCAAUUGCUGCUGCAGAGCGUGCGUCUGCUAAUGCCCGGGCGGCUGCGGACCUGGUGACUCCAAAAUUUGAAAGGAAGUCAUCGUAGCUCAUGCCUGUAUUUCGAAAACAAAUAAAUAAAAUGAGAGAACAAAGGGAAACAAAUAGUAAGCUCCUGGUAUCCUUUGAUUUCACUGUGGAAAACUCUCAGGACCGGAUAAAAAAAUCUACUUUUACACAUGUUACUAAGUGAGUGCAAAGGGUUACACUGAAUUGUGAAUACCAAUGUUGUGUCUUGGAUAUUACCAUCCAAAAUUGUAUUAUUGUUAUUAUCAUGAUUAUUUUCCUUUUCAUAAGAUUCAGAAACUCGCCUUAGAGCAAUGCAUGUCCCAGAACUAAGUUUUGUAUUUUUUCCAUAUGGACUGAUUAGUAGGAUCUUUAUCAGCCA